CUCCCCAUCCUCCCGAGGCGUUCGGGGUGACCUGCAGCGAGCGGGGGGGGGGGGAGGGGUAAUUCUCUCGGGGACAGCCCUGCAUCCGAGCCAGGGCCCGUGGAAGGCAGACGGGGCCAUCAACACGGGUACAUGGCCCCAGACGAGGCGAUAGGGCCCCAGACAAGGGUACAGAGCCGUAUUCCUAGAGAUAGAGGUAUUCCUGUUUACCCUGACCACCUGGCCUUGUCCCUAGGGAAUCACAAGAUCCACUACCUGUUCGAGGAUGGGAAGGAGAUGGCUGAGGAGUACAACCUGAAGACCGGUCAGUUAGUGAGUAGAAAAUGGCGAGAGAAAAACACCCUCGGGGGCUCCGGCAAGUGGCAAGUUGAAGUGGGAGAGCCCAUCUCACCACUCCUGGGAGCACUGGAAUCGGAGCUCAUAAAGGAAAGCAGCUCUAAUCCUGUCUUCAUGAGGAAGGAUACCCUGAGCAGCUUCCAGUGGCGGAUCCGUAACCUGCCGUAUCCCAAGGAGGUCUACAGUGUCUCUGUGGAGAAGGAGCAGCGCUGCUGUGUCGUCCGAACCACCAACAAGAAGUACUACAAGAAGUUCUCUAUUCCUGACCUGGACAGAUACCAGCUCCCCUUGGAUGCAGCUGCCCUGAGCUUCACCCAUGCCAACAACACCCUGAUCAUCACGGUGAGUACCAGAAGCCAAAGGAGAUCCUGGCUGCAGAAAAGCAGCUGCAGAAGGAGCUGAAGAUGAUAAAGGCUGCUAACAAUGAGGACUGCAACUGUAAGACCCAGUAGGCAAUGGCUGCUAAGAGGCUGAGGGGAGGGGGGAGCAGCUCUCUGGCACAGUUUCAUGGUAUUUAUUUUGCCUUUUCUAAUAAAAAUCGGUCCUGGUGUUAA